CCAGCUGGGACACCCCUGGAUCUGGGUUAAAACGCUGACAGUCGGGCCUGUGGCUACCACCCCUUGUUCCUGCUCCUGAGGACUCAGUCUCAUGGCUCUGGCAAAGGUACCUGGAACCUGUCUGCUCACUGUGUGUGUCCGGCAGGCCCAUGGCCUGCCCUCCAAGGACCUAGUGACCCCCUCUGACUGCUAUGUGACUCUGUGGCUGCCCACGGCCUCCAGCCACAAGAUUCAGACAUGCACAGUCAAGAACAGCAGAAGCCCCAUCUGGAAUCAGAGCUUUCACUUCCGAAUCCACAGCCAGAUUAAGAACAUCAUGGAACUGAAAGUCUUUGACCAGGACCUGUUGACAAAAGACGACCCCGUGUUAUCAGUGCUGUUUGACGCAGGGACCCUGCGGGCUGGGGAGUUCCGGCGCGAGAGUUUCUCAUUGAGCCCUCAGGGUGAGGAGCGGUUAGAAGUUGAAUUUCGGCUGCAGAGUCUGACAGGCUGUGCCGAGCAGCUCAUCAGCAAUGGCAUCCUGGUGGCCCGGGAACUCUCCUGCUUGCACGUUCAACUGGAGGAGACAGAGGACCACAAGGAGUCAGAGCGCAGAGUUCAGCUUGUGGUUCCUGGAUCCUAUGAGGGUCUGCAGGAGGCCUCUGUGGGCACCAGAACUUUCUGCUUCCAUUGCCCAUCCUGCUGGGAGCAAGAGCUGGGUCUUCAUCUGCAGGAUGCCCCCCAGGAGCAACUGAAGGUGCCACUGAGGGCCCUACCUUCUGGCCAACUGAUGAGGCUUGUCUUCCCCAUGUCCCAGGAGCCCCUGAUGAGAGUGAAGCUGAAAAAAGAAGGACCAAGGGAGCUAGCCGUGCGGCUGGGCUGUGGGACCUGUGCGGAGGAGCAGGCCUUCUUGAGCAGGAGGAAGCAGGUGGUGGCCGCAGCCCUGAAGCAAGCCCUGCAGCUGGAUGGAGACCUGCAUGAGGAUGAGAUCCCAGUCGUAGCGGUUAUGGCCACUGGUGGUGGUAUACGGGCAAUGACUUCCUUGUAUGGUCAGCUGGCUGGCCUGAGGGAGUUGGGCCUCUUGGAUUGCAUCUCCUACAUCACAGGGGCCUCAGGUUCUACCUGGGCCUUGGCCAACCUCUAUGAGGAUCCAGAGUGGUCUCAGAAGGAUCUAGCAGGACCCACAGAGUUGCUGAAGAUGCAGGUGACCAAGAGCAAGCUGGGUGUGCUGGCCCCCAGCCAGCUGCAGCGGUACCGGCAGGAGCUGGCUGAGCGUGCCCGCCUGGGCUACCCGAACUGCUUCACCAAUCUGUGGGCCCUCAUCAAUGAGGCACUGCUGCAUGAUGAGCCCCAUGACCACAAGCUCUCAGAUCAGCGGGAGGCCCUGAGUCGUGGCCAGAACCCUCUGCCCAUCUACUCUGCCCUCAACACCAAGGGGCAGAGCCUGACCACCUUUGAAUUUGCAGAGUGGUGCGAGUUCUCCCCCUAUGAGGUCGGCUUCCCCAAGUAUGGGGCCUUUGUUCCCUCCGAGCUCUUUGGCUCUGAGUUCUUCAUGGGACGGCUGAUGAAGAGGCUUCCUGAGUCCCGCAUCUGCUUCUUGGAAGGUAUCUGGAGCAACCUGUAUGCAGCCAACCUCCAGGACAGCUUAUACUGGGCCUCAGAGCCUAGCCAAUUCUGGGACCGCUGGGCCCAGAAUCAGGCCAGCCUGGACAAGGAACAAGUCCCUCUUCUGAAGGUAGAAGAGCCACCCGCAACAGCUGACAAGAUAGCCGAGCUUUUCACUGACCUUCUGACGAGGCGCCCACUUGCCCAGGCCACACACAAUUUCUUGCAUGGCCUACAUUUCCACAAAGACUAUUUCCAGCAUCCUCAUUUCUCCAUCUGGAAAGCCACCACAUUGGAUGGGCUUCCCAACCAGCUGACCCCUAUGGAGCCCCACCUUUGCCUGCUGGAUGUUGGCUACCUCAUCAACACCAGCUGCAUGCCCCUCCUGCAGCCCACCCGGGAUGUGGACCUCAUCUUGUCGCUGGACUACAACCUCCAUGGAGCCUUUCAGCAGCUGCAGCUCCUCAGUCGGUUCUGCCAGGAGCAGGGGAUCCCAUUCCCGCCCAUCUCGCCCAGCCCAGAAGAGCAGUGCCAGCCUCGGGAGUGCCACGCCUUCUCCGACCCUGCCCACCCUGAAGCCCCUGUGGUGCUGCACUUCCCUCUGGUCAAUGACUCCUUCCGGGAGCACUCAGCUCCUGGGGUCCGGCGGACACCUGAGGAGGUGGCGGCUGGGGAGGUGAACCUGUCUUCAUCUGACUCCCCCUACCACUACACGAAGGUGACCUACAGCCAAGAGGCUGUGGACAAGCUGCUGCGCCUGACACAUUACAAUAUCUGCAACAGCCGGGAGCAGCUGCUGGAGGCCCUGCGCCUGGCUGUGCGGCGGAGGCGGCAACGCAGGCCUGAGUGAUGGCAGGCGAGGGAAGGUGCCUGGCCCCACCACCCUUGACUUUCAGGCUCAUUCCCCUUCUGCUCUGAGUUGGGGGUGGGGGACCAUCAUCGCCAAGUGUUCCAGAGCCUCUGGGGACUCAGCUGGCCCAGUCACAGUUCCACUGAGGUGUCUGCCCAGAACCGCCCAGAUGUGGUAGUGACUGAAGCACCAGCAACCCUGUCACAGAGGACAAGGCCCAGCUCCUUGUGGCUACAAAUGCAGCCAAGGCCCAGAGCUGACUUUCUCUGAGCAGGGGGAAGAUUUGGGGCUCAGAUGUUCUGUGGCAGCUGAGGGGAACUAAGGUGGCAGGAGCUCAGAGCAGUAUUGACCAAAGUUGUAUAAGUGCUCAAAGCCUCAUGACCUGUGUCUGUUUUCCCUUUCAUGCUACUUCAAAUAGUUGUACAGAAUGAAAUGGAGCACCUAGCACCA